AUGAAUCCACUAGAAAAUCAAUCCACCCCACAGCAGCAAACACCACAACAACCACCGAUUACUGAGAUGCCACCAAUGCCACCACCUCCAUUUACAUUUGAACCACAACAACAAACCCCACCCAUUGCACCAUCAUCAAGGACGACCACCCAACCAACCUCUGCUCCAACUGGAGAAUUUCACGUUAUUGGUGGACCACUUUACUCUCUAGAAAGCCAACUACCAUCACAGCCCAAUCCGUUGCGGCCCGUGAAUCAACCAAAUUUAGUGCCAUACCCGAACCGGUCGGGUGCUAUGUUUGAGCAAGUGGAAAACAGGGCGAGAACAGAGACAUGGGAUGACGGAUAUGGAGAUGAAGAGUGGGGGAUAAACGAGGGUUAUAUGGGAUAUCCAAGUGGUUUUCAAAAUCCGGCAUUUAACCGUAAUCAGCCAAUGUAUCAGCAAUAG